GGCGGCGGCGGCCGCGUCUGUUCCCCGCCGCCGGCUGAGGUGGAAGCCGUGGCCGCGGACUGGAUGCUGGAGUUUGCCUGCUACUGCCUGUGCCGGCACUUCAGGGAGGAGUGCGCGGCGGAGUUCCGGCGGUGGAGGGACGUGGCGCAGGCUCUUAUUAAUGGCCUCUCCAAAAUACCUACACAUCAGAAAAAAACGGUGUAUCUCUGUCAGCUUUUGAUAAGAAUUGCAAACGGAAAAAAACUUGAAUGCCAUUUUGAAAAUGAUCAAAGAAUUUCACCUUUGGAAUCUGCUCUGUCUUUCUGGACUUUACUUGAAAGGGAAGAAAUUAAACUGGAAAAGCUUCAUGAAGAUAUUCGCCGCUUGAUUCAAAUUCAGAUUGUAGCAGUCCAUAUGGAAAAUGGAUAUUUCAAGGAGGCUGCUGAAGUUCUUGAAAGGCUAUUUACAGACUCGGAAUCAGAUAAGCCUUUAAGGGUGAAGCUGGCAACCGUAAUUAAAAGCAAGGAUCCAUAUGUUCCCCUUCUCCAAAGCUUCAGUUACAAUCUUUUGAUAAGUAAAAUCAAGUCUUACAUUGAACUUUUCACGAAAGAAAAUGAAACAAACUUCUUAAUACAGGCAGCCACAAAACAGGUAGAGUCUAAAGGACUGGGAGCAACAGCAUUGCAAAACAAAACUGUGAAUGUCAACGAAAACAACAAAAGGAAUUUGGAAACAAAACAAAGAUCAAUGAAAGAGCAAGAGAGUAUUACAGAUCCGUCACCUGGAGAAAUAAAAAAACCCAGAGUGAGGCCUCAUUCAAGACGGAAACACAGAGUGAGCAGUGCUCUUCAGAGUCUGAACAGCUUGCAAAAUCUGCAGAAACAUGGAGGUGCUGUGGCUUGUGGCCGAAGAAGACAGCGAUGGACUUACAAAGAAGACUUGGAACUGAAAUCAGGAAUAAGGGAGUUUGGAGUGGGUAACUGGGCUAAAAUUUUGGUCCAUGGUGACUUCAACAACCGAACUAGUGUCAUGUUAAAAGACCGGUGGAGAACACUGUGCAGGAUUGAGCAAGGCUAAUUUGGACUACAGGAAUCAACUCUUCUUGACCUUUCCCUACAUAAGGACCUAGUCUAGCUUUUCGGAAUAACAACUUAUUUUAGUCUCAGAGUGUCCAGCAGUGUUGCUGUCGUAAAACAUGAAACAGAAUAGUAAUAGGUAUAAAAUGUUCAGGUAAGCUCACUUGCUUGGGUAAUUUUUGUCAAUUUACUUCCUGCCAUAUAACUCAUUCUAAUCUGAUUUGCUUCACUUUGAAAUUUUGGUCAGACUUGUCAUCUCUCAGUAAGUUAUACCAAAAAAUAUGUUUGUAUUGGUAUUGCUAAUUUUACAAACUGAUUGCUUUUUUUGCAGUUAAAAAUGUGAUACUCCAUGUAAUUUUAUAUUUAUUAGUAAAGGUGCUGCUUUUUUUUCUUUUUAAAAGAAUUAAGCUUAAGUUCUAGGUGGCAGAUUAUUUUGAACUUACACACAUUGGCAUAAUAGCACUUUUUAUCUCACAGAAGAGAUGGAAAACAUAUGGAAAGUAACAGUAUGAUACUAGCUUUUAACAUCUCGUGAUUAUCUUGCGCCACAUACCUUGUCUUGAGAAGUGGCUUCUUCUAGAUCAGCAGGAAAGGGAAAGCUCAAAAACGAAUGGCCAAAGUGGGGCUCAGUAACAAGUCUGUACUGACAGUGAUAGGACAGUUCACGAGACAUGUUUCAUCUAUGCUCUCCACUGUCUCCGUCUGCAGUGAUAGCAAGCAAAGAUAUGCUCUGAUGGGUGUAACUAAGUGUCAAGGUGUCAGCUGGUCACUGUAAAUGUCCUGCUGAUGAGAGACUGUAACAGAUGGAUGAUGGUACUACGCUGUCUCUCUUAAUUCAGGUUGUGUGGACAAGAGUUCCACAACCUCAGAAAACCCAUACUUUCCACUGUCAUACUGGUGUGAAUCUAGUGACUUGAACUAACAUAUCACAGCAUUCUUUUAAAAGUGAAAUCUCUUAAAUUCAGAUGUUUUCUGUACCUUUGUCCUUGGAUAAGGUUUUUAUUUUACAAGGACCUUACAAGGAAAAGCAUCUGUCCAAACUGGUCAUAAUAAAAUAAACCUCUCUGAGAUAUUUUUCCUGGCUACAAAGGAAGAGAGAUAUUCUUGAAGGCUGAAAUGUUCAGGAGGUAUUAAGAUAAUCUCUCUGCUUUCUAUUUUGGAGGCCUGCUUCCAUUAAGAUAAAAUGGUAAAGUACAGUUACAAAGGUUUGUUUCACACUCUUAUUGUGGACAAGACCUCAGCCAGAUCCCCUUCCUCAUUCUUGCCACCAGACGCUACGGUUUCUUCUUGCAGCCGCUAGGAGCAGUGGCAAGUGGUAGUCUUUAGGUUCCACAGAGAUGCUGCAUGUCUUAACAGUAAAUUUUCUCAACCUUAAGGCAUAAUUUCUUUUCAGCAAACAUUGUCAAUUUCAGGAUCUUGAUAAAAUACAGGCUUUGUCCUUCAGCAAGGAAUGCUAGAGCAGCUGUAAGCCAACAAUUCAAAGAGUCAUAGCAGGUAUCUGACAAGCGAGAAAGUGCAGUAUGCAGCCUCUCUAAUGCUGUAACAAUAAUUCAAGGUAAGUAAUAGGUAACAAAACAAUGAUUUGAGCUACCUGCAUAGCAGUCUUGCCAAUGCUCUAAUAUUGCAGGUUUCUAUGUUAAUCAUUGUACAUGAGCAGUUUUAACUAGUAAUAAGUAAAUUUUUUUAAUGUUAGCCAAGGCUUUAGUCACGAAGUCUUGUUUAGGUUCGUCUGCCAUAAAGUUCACACUGUGUAUUAGUGACAUGAAGUUCUGAGCAAGACUACUUCCUUAACAACACUGACUAGUCAUACAUCUUUAUGAAGGUGGCUGAACAUGAAAAACUUUUCCUCUAAGAAUACUUACCCGCUUGUAGUAUAAACAGCUGUCUAGAUGAUAUUGGGAAGGAACAAAGGAUCUAAACUGAAAUCUGGUUUUAGCUCUCAAAUUUUCAUUUUUAUUCACCCUUGCUAUUUAAUGAUGACAGUAACUAUUCUCAGACUUGAGAAUGUUUGGCUGGCUCACUACUGAGUAGGAGCAGUGCCUGUAGACAGGACUGUGGCCAGCAAAAAAUCAGAACUUUAGGAAAAGCAGCUACUAC